GCGCCCCCAGCGCGGCGGCGGCCGGUACCGGGGUCGGAGCGGGGCACCCGGAGCGGGCGGGUCAGCGCCGCUAGCGAGGGUCCUCCUCCGCACGCCUGUCACAGGCACGCACACACAGAUAUACAUAAAGAGCGGCCGGGCGGCGGCGAGGCCGCGGGGCACAUCCCGGCAGCGGUCCCGGGCUCGGGCAUGGCCGCGGGGCCAUGACGGGCGCGGCGGGCGGCGGCGGCGGCCGCGGGAGCAGCCGGCGUGCGGCGGCCGGCAAGGAGGGGGGCCGGUCGCGGAGCGCUCAGCCGCGGGCGGCGGGCGGCGGCGGCGGGAGCGGCGGGGGCUCGGAGGAGGAGGAGCAGGAGCAGCAGCGGGACGGCGGCUCGCUCUUCCUGGUGAACAAGAGCGGCUUCCCCAUGGACGGGCAGACCUGGGAGCGGAUGUGGGGGCACGUGGAGCGGGUGCACCCCGACGGCGGUGCCGUGGCGGCGGCCAUCCGGAGCGCCACCCGCCUGGCUCGGCCCUCAGUGCCUCCAGUGCCAAACUACAAGCUCUCCAUGUCAAUCCCAGAGUGGCUCCAGGCAAUACAGACCUACAUGAAGAUGCUGCAAUACAAUCACACAGGAACACAGUUCUUCGAGAUCAGAAAAACCAGACCUCUAAGUGGGUUAAUGGAGACAGCAAAAGAAAUGACCAGGGAAUCCUUACCUAUCAAAUGCCUUGAAGCAGUUAUCCUGGGGAUCUAUUUAACAAACGGGCAGCCCUCCGUGGAACGAUUCCCCAUCAGCUUUAAAACCCACUUCUCAGGGAACUAUUUUCAUCACGUGGUGCUUGGGAUUUACUGCAACGGCCGCUACGGCUCGCUGGGCAUGAGCAGGCGAUCGGAUCUGAUGGACAAACCUCUCACUUACCGAACUCUGAGCGACCUCAUCUUCGAAUUCGAAGACUCCUAUAAAAAGUACUUGCAUUCAGUCAAAAAAGUCAAAAUCGGAUUGUAUGUCCCGCACGAGCCGCACAGCUUCCAGCCCAUUGAGUGGAAACAGCUGGUCCUCAAUGUGUCCAAAAUGAUGCGCACAGAAGUCAGAAAGGAGUUGGAGAAGUUUGCCAGGGAUAUGAGGAUGAAGAUCCUGAAACCCUCAAGUGCCCAUUCUCCAACAAAGGAGAGACCCCGGGGUAAGUCGCUGUCCCCUCGCCGGAGGCAAGGCAGCCCUCAGAGACGGGCCUGCAAGAGAGAUAAAUCGCCGGCGCUGCUGGACAAGAAAGGAGACCUGGCUCCACUCAACGAGGUGGGCUACCAGCUCCGCAUCUGACACAGCCAGACCAUGGACUCCAGAGGGCUUCCCGCUGCUGCCGCUGCACUUUACCUGCACUCCCUUGGAAGGAAAAAGGAAUGGGACUAUUUAUUAACUUAUGUACUCUCACAAUAAAAGUUUGACCUAGAAAAUAGGGGGUAAUUUUUUUUGGUGGCAGUAUUUAUUUAAAUUUAUAAAAAAGGCAUCAGUGAAGAGAGAACCUAAGAUUAGAUUUGCCAGGAUAUGAGAUUUUUUUUCUCUCCCAUCAUGUAGCAGGUGACUCCAGUGGUGUGAGUUUCUUCAAAUAUAAUUUCCCCGUACAAGUGUUAAUUGAACUUGGCCUUGUGCUGGGUGGUAGCAUUGGAAUAACUAACGAAUCAUAUUCUUAGUAUUAAGAUGUGCUGGGGUGCAGUGCAAUUAAAAAAAAUCAUAUUUACUAAUAAUCUUUAAUUCAGCAAUAAAAGCAAGCAGUGCAGAAGUGGCAUAAGUUUUUAAAGUAUCAAUAUUACCUCACUAGACUUAAUAGAUAUGCAAAACUGUCAGUAUUAUUGUUUUCUAACUAAUUUGUACUGUUUUCCAGCAUUACUGGGAGUAUUAAAACAGCACUGGAUGUUUUACUGCCACCUGUAUUAUUUUUUUUUUGCAUGUUGCCAAAAGAUGUUAAGUAAUAGUAAUAUGCAAGUGUGUUCUUAACACUGACGUCUUGUUAGGCAAGAUACGAGGUUUGAGGUUUUUUAAAUGAUGAUAAUUAAUGAAUAAUGAAUUUUUAAACUUUGAUAAUUUUUUUUAUACUUUUGUCACAAGCUUUUAGCCUUUCUGAACUACACUGCUGAAGCACAAAAAACAGAGAUUGCUGUUUUGUAGAGACAAGUCAGCUUUUUUCUCAUAUAUGUAGUACCUGGAAUAAUGGAAAAAUGUGGGAAUUGCUAACCUGAGUCUAUGUGCUUUUCUCUCCACAUUUAUGUGCAAAUUUGAACCUCGUCUCUGAAAGGCUGAGCAGUCUCCUAUGGUGAUGCCUUGACACCUUGUAUUACAUCAGACAUGGCAGGCUGAAGUUAACCUUCUGCCAUGCUGUGCAGGGAGUUUUCCUACACGUUUUGUACUAACAACUGCUUAGUCAGCCUUGAGUAAGGAAGUAUGGCUGAAAUAGAUGAAAAUCAAGCUUGUCUGCUUCCUCCCUCCUCCAUCUACUCAGUUGUUUUGUUGUAAGACUUGGCUAAGGACCUGUGAUGGACAGCAGUGUUUUCAAGUGACGUGGUUAAGACUUGCUGGGGUCCGCCAUUCAACUUAGUGAAGUUCUCUGAAAGUAUUUGAGUGCUGCAUUCCUGGAAAUGUUUCAUUAGGUGCCUAAAUAUAAACUGGAUUAUUGUACAUGUCCAGCCUCUACCCUUUGUGCUGUGCUCAUAGAUGAUGCUGCCAUGGGCCUGGUGUACCUCCCCUCCUGGGCACUGACUUUUUUGGGAUCUCAAUGAAGAUGGAUGCUGUCACAGACUGACAGUAAGGCUUAUUCUGAAUGAUUCAAACUGAAUGAUUUAAGCUCCUAAAACACUUAUAUCAACCAGAAAAUGAAUGAAUACAGAAGGAAAGAAUUGCUUGUACACAGACCUCAUUUCUCAGAAAACUGAAUUUCGCCUGCCUGGGACAGGAAGAAAAAGCCAAGACCCAGCAACCUUCUACAGGCAGUGAAAGGCUUUCUACUAUUUAAGACUUCAGAAGCUCGAGAAAGAAAACUUUUCAAAAGUGUGACACUUCUUUAUCCAAAAUUACCAUAUCAAUAACAGGAAGGCCUUUCCCAUCCCUCUUUCUCUAAACUUUUCCACUCCUGUGUUCCCAGUAAGGAUUUUUUGGUUAAGGAGUGAAGCUGAAGAGAGGGAAAUAGUCUUUUGGUAAAUUUUUUUGUGUAAUCUGAGAGCAGCUGCAGAGUUGUGAUUUCAAACUUUGUGCUGCCCAGUGUCUUGUGACCUAAACAAUUUUUUUUUAUGACUUCUCAUGGAUAAAAUUAUGUGGAAAAUCUUUAAUCAGCUGUAUCCUAUAGCACAAUGUUAUCUGAUAUGUUGCAAGUUUUUUCUAUGAAACCACGGUUUACUUCAGCUCAGAUAAUGGUUGUAUAUAGUUUCUACCCUUGUCCAGCACAGUUUAUUUUCUCUUAACUGAUACUGAAGCUUUUUAAUGCUGUAGAGAUGUGUUGACGAAUUGCUUUUGGUUCUUGUUUAAAGUUCUGCUGACAUAUUCUCUUGAAACUUGCUUAUGAUGGCAUUUGUCUUAAGUGUGGUUCAAGUGACAGCAAAGUGGUCAAAUAGUAUAGAAAAACAUGCAUGACUUUUUGGGCUUUUUCUCAUCACUUGUAUACGCACAGCAUGAAACAUCAAUAAAAGUAUCAUGGUAGGUUUUUUUUUUUUAUGACUUGUUCUUUUGUCCUUGCUUUUAAGAAGGGUUGCUACAGCUGAACAACAUUUUUAGCUGUAACGUGGAUGUACCCAGAGAUCUGCAGCCUCUAUUUUAUACUGGCAUCUAUGAGAUUACUCGGAUGCUUGAAACUAAACAGCAUCCAGGACCAAACAGGCUGUCAUCCUCAGCAUCAACAUGACUGUUAACAGGUAGAAGAAAGAUCUUAAAGAAAGAUCUUUAGUUAUAACUGCCUGUGAUGAAAGUAGCCCCCUCCAAAUUCUCAGCAAUGUAAGCUGAAUGUUUUGGCAGGUGGUCAUAUUUUGUAACAGAACCCUGAGGAACUUUAAUUCAAUGGGUUCUAUGGUUACUACCACUGUACUUCCUGCUUUACUCUUCCAAGAACAAAGUAAUUGCAGUUGUCUGCAGUCUGGGACAGGGAAUACAGGUGAAAAUUCCACAUGUUUCUGGGAGACAAAUGUUUCUGAAUGGGUACAGGUUUUCCAGCACUACUGUGAAAGACAAUUCUGUUACUUCAAAUUUGGUUCUACAUCCACAGCCAUGUGUCGUUUGACCAAGUUCCAGCUCUAUGUUUCUUAUUCAGGCAGUCUGGUGUUUUUUUUAAUUACUUUGUAAACCGUAUAUUUACACAGGAUGUCUAUGAGUGCAUAGUGAGAGUAAAUACAAAAUAUUGAUCAUUUAAUACCUCAGGAUCUGACAUUUUUAAUAACAAUAUGGAAAACACCCCACCCUGUCAUCAGUUGUUCAAUAUGUAUAAAACCCCAAGAUGUCAAGGGCUAAUAUUUUCUUUUCCUCCUCUAAUAGAUCAAUUAAGUUUCCUGUGAUGUGUUCAUGAAGCUUAGCUUUAUUUCAGAUAUUUUAAAAAAUACUUCAGUGAAUGCUACCUCUGUUUAAGCCCUUACAAUUUUAAGCAGCAAAUUCUUAAAGCACAAAUAUUUGCCUAUAUGCCUUUCUUCCUUUGAAAGUUCAAUCUUGUGGCCUCUGCACCAAGAAGACUGAGUAAAUUCCUUUGAAGAAGUGUAAAGAUGAAGUGUCCACAGAGCACAUUUGUAGUAAAACAUUAUUUUCAACUCAUUAUAAAAUGCUGCAGGCACACAAACACAUUCCCUUUUGCUUGAAGAAACACACAGUUCUCAGAAUAGUCCUUUUUACUGUGAUUUACAAUAAAAAAAAAUUACAGCAUAUCCAUGAAAAACAAUGCCAUUUUGAGUCUGGCACAGAUGUUUUCCUUUAUCAAAGAGGCAGCUAAUGUAAAAUCUUCUCUUUUUCUCCCUAAAAGACUUCAUAACGUAAAUUAAACAGGUUUUUGGUUUGUUUUUU